UCACAUGUUGUUUUCCUCCAGCAUCAGAGCGGUCACUGAUCUACAAGCACUGCUGUUUUUUUUCUUUCUUUUACCGCAGCGUGCAUACACGGCAGUUGUGGAAUAAAUCGAACGGGUCACCUUAAGGUAUUUUCUUUUAACAGUGAGUGUUUUUAUUAUUAUUAUUAUUAUUAUUAUUAUUAUUAUUAAUUCUGGAGAAAUGGCAAGUCCUCCUGCAACGGGAGGACACCUGUUAUCUAAUGGGACGAGUGACUUGAAGAAGUGCGGCUACCUGCGGAAGCAGAAACACGGACACAGGCGCUUUUUUGUGCUGCGGGAGCCCACGGAGCGCAGCCCUGCUCGGCUGGAGUAUUAUGAAAGCGAGAAGAAAUGGAGAAACAAGUCCGCCGCCAAGCGCGUCAUCACUUUGGACUCUUGUCUGUGCGUAAAUAAACGCGCCGACGCCAAACACAAGUACCUCAUCGCCCUCUACACCAAGGACGAGUAUUUUGCUGUGGCUGCAGAAAACGAGCAGGACCAGGAGAGCUGGUAUACCGUUUUGAGUGAUUUAAUUGCAGAGAGCAAAGUGUUUGACAGCCCUGCUUCCACAUCCUCAUUAGUAGGCUUUGAGGAUACAACCUAUGGACAACUUUCCCCUGCAACAGCAGCCUAUAAGGAGGUGUGGCAGGUGAACUUAAAAUCCAGAGGCUUGGGUCAGAUCAAAAACCUCACCGGAGUGUAUAGGCUGUGUUUAUCCAGCCGAAACAUCAGCUUUGUCAAGCUGAACACUGAAACAGCAGCAGUCAAUCUCCAGCUCAUGAAUAUCAGGAGAUGUGGCCACUCGGACAGCUUCUUCUUUAUAGAGGUGGGCAGAUCUGCAGUCACAGGGCCAGGGGAAUUUUGGAUGCAGGCAGAGGAUUCGGUGGUAGCUCAGAACAUCCAUGAGACCAUCUUAGAGGCGAUGAAGGCCAUGAAGGAGCUCUCUGAGUUUAGACCGAGGAGCAAAAGCCAGUCUGCCAGCACAAACCCAAUUUCUGUGCCUUCCCGGCGCAACCUCAACAACCUCCCCCCAAGUCAGACCGGCCUGGUUAGGAGAUCCAGAACAGACAGCAUGGCUGCCACAUCACCAGGGAGGAAGUUCACAUCCUGUCGCAUUAGGACGGCCAGUGAGGGAGAUGGGAGCGUCACCAGGCCUGUGUCGAUUUCUAUACCGGUUUCUGAAAGUCCCUCCAGUCCCAGUUCUGGGAAUCACCUCAUGAGGUCCCACACCCUCAGCAAUGGGCGCACCUGCAGGAUGCUGGAGUCUGCUUCCAAUCUCCAUCAUAGUCGUUCAAUGCCGGUAUCUAACUCCCCUCCUGCUGCCUCCAGCCCUAUUAGUGUGUCUCCCAGAGGAGGAGCAAGAGUCUCAACACCAGACAAAGGUAGAAGACCCUUCAGCUGCAGUGCCUCCAUAUCUGGCUCCCUCAGCGACACUGGCUUCCUUCUCUGUGAUGAUUACAGCUUAAGCCCAGGUGAACCCAAGUUUCUUACUUUGACUAGAAGUGACACUCCAGACUCCCUGUCUAGCACACCACCCUCUCAUGACUUGAGUGACCCCUGUGGCUACAUGCUAAUGGACAUGGCUAACGGUAGCAGGUCUGGUUUUGGGAUCGACGGUCAGAUUUCUGACAAGGCAUACAGGAAGAGAACACACUCUCUCACCACACCACGGCAACAGAAAGUGGUGACCCCACUGUCCUCAGCUUCCUUGGAUGAGUACACUUUGAUGAGGUUGGCCAAUGGACAAAACUCCCAAUCUGCUUCACCCAAAGUGUGUUAUCCAGAGGAUUACGGCGACAUAGAAAUUGGUUCAUCCCGGAGCUCCAGUUGCAACCUUGGUGAUGAUGGUUAUAUGCCCAUGACACCAGGUGUAGCACCCCAGUCUGGUAAGGCAGACAACUAUGUGCCCAUGAGCCCUAUGUGUGUCUCAGCACCAAAGCAAAUUGUCAACCCAAGGGUGCAUCCACAGGCAGUUUCCAAUGGCAGUUACAAGGCCAACUCCCCGUGUAGUGGCUCUCUGGAAGACAAUGGCUACAUGAGGAUGUGGUGCGGCUCCAAAUCCUCAAUGGACAGCCCUGACAGACACGGCGAGUACAUGAACAUGUCACCAGGAAACCCACCACCUCUGCAGACACCUCCUGAUUACUACUUAAGCCCGGUCACUGGGGAGCAAUCGCCAAUAAGGCCAACUUACCAGCUGGGCUCCCUCACACUGCCUGCAAAACUUCAGUCAUCCAAGAAUGAAGACAGUGGCCAGUAUGUAUUGAUGAGCCCACAGAGUUCAAGGCAGAGGGCCGGGGAGUCAGACUAUUAUUCAGUAAUGCAGCCAUCUGCAGGUCAGAUGUCCCCUCUGAGUCCCUCAGUUCCCUCCCCAGGCAGGAAUCGUCGAGCAGAGAGUCUGGCUUACAGAGGAAGGCUGGGGAGACCCAACAGGCUAUCUCUAGACACCCUGAGAACCCUGCCUAGCAUGAAUGAGCAUCCCCUUCCCUUAGAACCUCGCAGCCCUGGUGAAUACAUCAACAUUGAAUUCAGCAGCAACAGAUCCUCCCCACCAUCGGUCAUGUCAACCGAGAGUCAGUCUUCAUCUCUGGGGUCCAGCAGUGGAGGCCAGGGAAGGUCAUCCCUUUCAGACUACAUCAACCUAGAGUUGGGUUCACACUCACCCAAAGAGGCUGACACUCCUGUUGAGCGACUGGUCACUCUGCCAGAGCAUUCCUCAUGCCCCGGCUCAGAUGAGGAUGUAGUUUACCACAUAGAAAGUGAGAAAAGUCCCCGAAGCUACGACAAUGUGGUGAACAAUGACUACACUGAGAUGACAUUUGGGAUGACUAGCUCCCCCCCACAGCUUGUUCCUCAGAACUCAAGCCAGAGCUGCAGGGAGAGGAGGGUAUCCCUUGAGGACCAAGGUGUUCCUGAACGGAUUGGGGUCUUCCUGCUUGGAACAGGGACCUCCUCUAUUGUGGACCCAGACUGCUCCGCAAAGGUCAUCCGGGCCAAUCCGCAGGGACGCCGCCGCCACAGCUCGGAAACCUUCUCCUCCACAGCCACCGUCACCCCGGUGUUUCCCUCCUUCGCACGCGGCGACGCCAUGAAGAGGCCCAGCUCGGUGGAGAACAUCUCAUCGCGCAGCAGUGAGGGUUCUGACGAGGAGUACGGCAGUCCCGUGAACCGCCACAGCUCAACCGGCUACCCUAACGGACUCAACUAUAUCGCCUUGAACCUGCUGGACAACAGAGAUGUGGAGAAAUGUGGGGACCUGGUUGGCUUUAAACCCACCAUUAGCUGCAAAGGGGGCGUCAACAGAUUACACAACACACCUUAUGUCUGUCUGGGAUUCAAGGAGGCUGCAACCACUGCCAAAGACUGAAGGACGUGGCUCGUCCUCGGAUUUGGUGUCUUGACCUGCUGCUCGAAACAAAAACAAGCAAACAAAGAAAAAAAGACUUUGCCCUUCCGCCGGGGCUCUGUGACCCGAAAAGACUGUGUAGACCUAUUAUCAUCGCAAGCCGCCAGCUAGCACGCACCCAAGAAAAAAAAGAAAAACAGGUCACCAUCCUAAAUAUGUAGUGUAUCUGAAGGCAGUGUAGGUGUUUAUGUGUGUUGGUACUUCUCCUGCACUUUGAGAGGCCAUUUCUCCUGUGACCUAAAUAGUGGCACAAGCACAGAAGCAACGAUAGUCAGACAAUAACAAAUCUCUAAUGGUACCCAGAUACCAUUAUUUACUUGAGGGUAGCUUAACGUCAGUGUGCAAGUGUUUGUAUCUUAGACUCAGUACGAGCAACAAGUGUGUCAGUGAACCAUUCAAACAUGCUGUAGGGAUGGAAUACCAAGGUACACUGAGUAAAUACAAAUAUUUAUAUAUAAGAUAUACAUUAGACGUUUUAUUUAUUUUUGGAUGAUGAAUGUCUGAUAAGACCUACGAAAUGCCUUAAUGUGUAUACUUUCCUUAUGUUUUCUUUGAAAUAAGAGAUAGAUAUAUAUAUAGGGUAUAUUUGUUUAGACCUACAUCUCUAUAUUGUUAUCUUGUGAAAAGCAAAGUGCAUAGUUUACCAUUAAAUAUAUAUUAUUUCUGAAAUGUACAGAACCAGUUUGGCUGCUUGAUAUCGGAUUUAUUCUAUUAAUAUUAAUAUUAAAAGUAUUUUCUUAAAUAAUUUUAUUCAUUCAAACCCAUUUUAUUUUUUUGGUCCGGAUAGAAAAAGAAAACUAUUUCUAAAUAAUAAUAAUGUUAUGCAUGUCUUUGUUACUUAACUCAGACCCUAAAAAGAAAAAAAAACACACCAGGCACUGAACCUCUCACAGUUCCUCAGUCA